AGACGGUGAUUAGCACUCCAGUGUAUAAUAUAGCUCAGUGGUUCAGAGCCAUUUUAGACCUGGGAGAAGCAACUGAGCUGAGCCAAAAGAGUCGGAUCCCGGAACAGAUUCGGAAUUUCCGUCACUAUUUCCUUGCCUAUCGUUACCCUCGUCGCGCGUAGACUUGUGGGUAAUUGAAGGUGCAAAGUAGUUCAGAACGCCGGAGGAAGGCUGUGGGUGGAUUAAAAAAAAAAAAAAAAAAAACAAUAAUAACUUCCGCAGUUGCAGUCAGCAGACGGGCCUAAAUGCUUCCCAGGGAGACGUAGGCCGAACGCUGUUUUCUGUCUUGUGGCGCAAAAGGGUCUCUGAAGAGCUGCGCUACUCGGCCGGCCGGCGUGUUGACGAUUAGCGCAGCAUGAGUCUGAACGAGCAUUCACUCCAAGCCCUGUCCUGGAGGAAGCUGUAUCUGAGUCGAGCCAAACUGAAAGCUUCGAGUAGGACGUCGGCGUUGCUCUCCGGAUUUGCUAUGGUCGCUAUGGUGGAAGUGCAGCUGGACAACAGUUAUCCGUACCCACCUGCUCUGCUCAUCGCCUUCAGCGCCUGCACCACCGUCCUCGUCGCCGUUCACCUGUUCGCCCUGAUGGUCAGCACCUGCAUCCUGCCAAACAUCGAGGCCGUCAGCAACGUGCACAACCUCAACUCCGUGAAGGAGUCGCCACACGAGCGCAUGCACAGACACAUAGAGCUGGCGUGGGCUUUCUCCACCGUCAUCGGCACGCUGCUCUUCCUCGCCGAGGUGGUGCUGCUCUGCUGGGUCAAGUUCCUGCCCAUCAAGCCCGACAAAUCCAACAACAGCACUGUCUCCUCCGGGGUGGCCGCCGCCAUCACCUCCACCUCCAUCAUGGUGCCCUUUGGUUUGAUCUUCAUCGUCUUUGCCGUGCAUUUUUACCGCUCGUUGGUCAGCCACAAGACUGACAGACAGUUCCAGGAGCUGGAGGAGCUGUCCAACCUCACCAGGCUUCAAAACGAGCUCGACAACCGGGGGGACUCCUCCAUCUUGCAGUCGCCAGGCUCGCAGUACCCAUAAGACAGG